AUGGCCGGCAACCACAUGUCCAUGUACUCCAUGAACUCGGAGUCCAUGGGGCCUCGUGGUGCUGGGCAGCAAUCUUCCCAGGUCUCAACGACAACACUACUUAACGCUAUUCACAACAUCUACCUCUCAUCCACGCCGUACCUUCUCGAUGCCGGUACCAGCGUCGUCGUCAACACCUGGCUGACCGCCUCCCAGUCGGGUCACAGCGGACAACCUGGCGGGACUGUCGAUGGCUCGCUCGCCUUACGGGCUUGGGAACAUGCCCGGCGUCGUGCCGAGGACGGUUGCAUCAUCUUGACAUCUCUCCACACGUCAUCUCCAUCACUUCUCGCACCCUUCCUGUCCACCCUUCCGCUUUCACUCCCCACGUCUCUGUUCAAAUCUCUCGAAGCCCUGCAGCCGUUCAUACGCUGUGUCACGCCAUACAAUCCGUCAACACCCCGACAGACUGCUCUCGGUGUGACACUGACCCUCAACCUUGCCGGCAACUUGACAGCAGCCUCUCUGGCUCUCUCCCAGGGCGGCAUCGACACCAUCAAGGGCCUCCUAAAUGUUCCCGCAGAGGCAGGUUAUCGUGCCUUCGACGUGUUCUAUUAUCUGCUCACGUCAGCUUCCACACCGGCCGAGAGAGAAUUUCUUGGCCUGAAGGCAGCUCCAGCCUACUCGCUCCUUGCCCGUUCAGGCAACUACGGACCUCCUUCGUACCUGCCAACGGCUGACGAUGCAGCAGCUGCUGAUGACUUCCGUGCUGCCUUGAAAGAGAUCGGCAUCAAGGGCUCUGCUCACCGCAACCUCAUCUCCAUCCUGGCUGGCCUUUUAAAGCUGGGAAACACACUCGACUACGACGUUGAUGGCGACGUGCUAGAGGAGGUUUGCGAAGAUGUCAGCGGGCUGCUUGGUGUGGAGCCAGAGGUCCUGGUUCGCGGCUGCUCUACCGAGGAUCGCAGAACAUUCAUCGGCGCCUUGUAUGAGGCCCUGGUCGAUUGGGUUAUCUCCAAGGCAAACACGGCCAUUUCUGCACAGAUGAGUCGUACGCGAGAUGCCGAUGACUCGAGCGAAAGCGCCGGCGGUGUCCACACACCCAACACGGACGACAACGGAGACACGGUUUGCAUCACAGUUCUCGAGAUUCCGGAUCCCAUGCUGGGUAAGGCGAUCUCUAUGCGCAGUGUCUUUGACGAUACCACCGGCAUCAACUCGGAGAUGAAGGAGGAUGGCGUUGACGUGACGGCUGCCGGCAGCUCUGUGCUGCGUGAGAUGGAGAACGCCGUGAGCGAGGUCGGGCCUGACCUAGGCAUCAUGAGCGGCCCGGCUGGUCGGGAGCGCAGCCAUCUGCUUGAGAAGCGCGAAGAGCUGCUCGAGAAAUUGUCCCACGCUUCUGACGCAGAUGGCUUUCUCAAGAGCCUUUUAGUUCCCGUGGAGGGAGAAGGCGUCAAUCUCGGCCGCGCAGGCCGUCUGGACCUCGCAAACAUGCUUCUCACCAACCGCGUUUGGUACCAUCUCUGCAUCCACCCCACUGACGACUCCCCGGCCAACAUUGCAGCCUUGCCUUCGGUGAACUCGGCGUGGUCUGCCGGCACCGUGUCACGCCAGUUACGUGCGUGGCGUCUGCCAGAAUGGGCCAAUCGGCGCAACAAGAAUUUAGACUUCACGGCCGACUUUGACCAUGACGAGUUCGUCCAGCGCUACGCCCCUCUGGGCUGCCGGGACGGUCGUGACGGAAUCGAGAGCUGGGUACUGGAGCGCGGAUGGAGCAACGGCGAGGUGGUCGUUGGUACCGAGCGCAUCUGGAUGCGCGAGAGCGCCUGGUGGGAUGCCGAAAGCAUGCUGGAUCUGAAGCCGGAAGCAGGCAUGCCAUCCAGCGGUAGUUUCGGCAACUCGCUUGGUGUUCCAGGCAUGGAGUCGGGAUAUGCCGCCAACAACGGCAGCGGUUUCUUCCCACAGCAGCCAUAUAUGGGCGAGGGUGCCGCAAGCGGCAGCCGGGAUCAACUGCUAGACCACCAGCGAAACAUGAGCCAGGGCACGCUUGGGUUUGCGCAAAAUCCAAUGGCUGGUGCUCAUGGCAUGCCUGGCGGUAUAGCACCGUCUGUCAUGGGCGGUAGCGCUGUAGGCGGAGACAGCAAACGCAACAGCAAGAACGUCUUUAAGGGCGACUAUGGUUUGGGCACCAAGGGUGACGACAUGAACAAGUUCUACUACAACAACGAUGGCGAGUUCAUCGGCCUGGACGCGGAACUCACUGAAGGCAAGGAGAUCACGUCGCAGCCGAUCUCAACUAGCCGCCGUGUCUGGGUGACCGUUGUGUGGACCUUGACUUUUUGGAUUCCGUCACCGCUGCUGCGCUAUGUUGGUCGGAUGAAGCGGCCGGAUGUGCGCAUGGCAUGGCGGGAGAAGUUUGUGCUUUGUGCCAUCAUCGCCCUGAUCAAUGCAAUCGUCGUGUUCUGGAUUGUCGCAUUUGGACGGCUGCUCUGCCCGAACUACUCCAAGGCCUGGACGGAGACGCAGCUGGCUACGCAUCAAGGCAACUACGACUUCUGGGUCGGCAUCCACGGCAAGGUAUACGACAUAUCCAAGUUUUGGCGCGUCCAGCACAGUGAUAUCACAGCGCGUGAAGUGACUUCGGCGCUCAUGACACCCCUGUCCGGCCUCGUUCUCGACCAGUACUUUGCGCCCCCUCUGACCUUGUCCUGCCAAGGACUGGUGACGGAUGAGACGCUGUAUCUCCAGUUCAACGCGACUGACGACAAUCCGGAAGCCGACCACACGUCUGGCUCUCGACAGGCUGUAACGAGCAGUGCGCUCUACAGCGACACAUGGUACACGGAUGUGUUUCUACCCAAGAUCGAGCAGUACUAUCACGGUGACAUUGUGUGGAGCAAGAACAAGAUCAAGAACGAGGGAAUAGAACAAAACCACGAAUGGGUCAUAUACGAUGGAUUGGUCUACGAUUUAGGCAACUACUUCUACACCCUGUCGAUGAUGGAUGAUUUGGCAACGUACAAAUUCCUCAACUCCGACCUGACCGACGCCGUGGAAAGCGCCCCGGGUACUGAUAUCACCUCAACGUGGAACACGCUCAUCAAGAAGGCGCAAAACAACGCGACGGAAUUGGCGAGCAUCACCAACAGUAUCACGUGCAUCAAGAACAACUUCUAUGUUGGCAAGCCCGACUUCCGGUAUAGUGCACGGUGCCAGGUGAACGGGUACAUUUUGCUCGCCUUCACUGUCCUUCUGUGUAUUGUGAUUCUGGUCAAGUUCCUGUCUGCCCUGCAGUUUGGCUCAAAGCGGCGGCCGUCUCCGCAAGACAAAUUUGUCAUCUGCCAGGUGCCGGCCUACACGGAAGGCGAGGACUCGCUCCGCACGUCGCUCGAUUCUCUCACCGCGCUGCAGUAUGACAACAAGCGAAAGCUGAUCUGCGUUAUCUGUGACGGCGUCAUUGUUGGCGCUGGCAACGACCGCCCGACGCCCAAGAUCGUCCUCGACAUUCUGGGUGUUGAUCCCAAGGUAGACCCACCUGCACUGCCCUUCAAAUCUGUGGGCACCGGCAGUGAGCAGCUGAACUACGGCAAGGUGUACUCGGGUCUCUACGAGUUUGAGGGCAACGUUGUGCCGUAUCUUGUCAUCGUCAAGGUCGGCAAGGAGUCGGAGAAGGCCAAGACCAAGCCCGGCAACCGUGGUAAGCGAGACUCGCAGAUUUUGGUCAUGAGCUUCCUGAAUCGCGUCCACCACCGUGCGCCGAUGAACCCGCUGGAGCUGGAAAUCUUCCACCAGAUCAACAACGUCAUCGGCGUGGACCCAGAACUGUACGAAUAUAUUCUGAUGGUGGACGCCGACACAUCUGUGCGCGAGGACUCUCUAAACCGCCUGGUUGCUGCGUGUGCCAACGACGCCAAGAUUGCCGGCAUCUGCGGUGAGACUAGUCUGCAGAACGAGAAUCAGUCCUGGUGGACCAUGAUCCAGGUGUACGAGUACUUUAUCUCUCACCACUUGGCCAAGGCAUUUGAGUCUCUCUUUGGCAGUGUUACGUGUCUUCCUGGUUGCUUUACCAUGUAUCGUCUCCGCACGGCCGACCGUGGCAAGCCGCUUAUUAUCUCUAGCGAUGUCAUCCGUGAAUACAGCGACUGUAUCGUGGACACGUUGCACAAGAAGAACCUGCUAUCGCUAGGCGAGGAUCGGUUCCUAACUACGCUGAUGACCAAGCACUUUCCGCAAAUGAAGUACAAGUUCCUCCCGGCUGCGUACUGCUCGACGGCGGCGCCUGAGACGUGGAGUGUUCUUCUCUCGCAGCGGCGUCGGUGGAUCAACUCGACCAUCCACAACCUUGUGGAGCUGAUGUUCAUCGAGGAAAUGUGCGGCUUCUGUCUGUUCAGCAUGCGCUUUGUGGUGUUCAUGGACCUUUUCGGCACCGUCAUUCUCCCGGCAACGGUUGUAUAUCUCGUCUACCUCAUUUACAACGUGGUCCACAACCACGGCUCCCUCCCGAUCCUCUCCAUCAUCAUCCUGGCGGCCGUCUACGGUCUGCAAGCGAUCAUCUUCAUCCUCAAGCGACAGUGGCAGCACGUGGGCUGGAUGUUUAUCUACCUCCUGGCCUUCCCCAUCUAUUCGUUUGUCCUGCCGGUCUACUCGUUCUGGAAUCAAGACAACUUCAGCUGGGGUAACACGCGUAUCGUCAUUGGCGAGACGGGCAAGCGCCAGCUGGUGGCCGUCGACGAGGAGGGCUUCGACACACGCUCGAUCCCGCUACAGCGCUGGGAUGACUAUGCUAUGGCGAACAACCUGCCAGGCCGCCGCGGUGGUCCUCACGGAGAGAAGGCCAUGGGUGGCCCCGAAGGCAUGUACGACGAGGGCAUGUACGAGAUGGACGACAUGAAGUCAGUAUACUCGUCCAUACGCCAGCCAUCAGUCCUGGCCGGCCUGGGUACUCGCGGUAGCACCUUCAUGCCGCCCCAGGCUGGACAGUAUGGACAGCAGCUCUCGCCCGGGCUUCACGGCCGCACCUCCACGAUGGGCACCAUGCAGUACGCCGAUCACCCCAUGCACCGCCAGUCCAUGGCCAGCAUGGGUACCGGAGUCCCGCGCAUGGCCAGCCCGUAUCUGGACGUUAAUGGCGCCCGAUCGUCGGGCAACCUGCAGUCUCCGGGUCUCAACGGGUAUGCCGGCCUGCGCAGCACCACCAGCCUUGCUCUGAACGGCAAUGGUUCACGGAUGGGCGAUGGACGUCAGUCGGCACUGUCGUUUGACUUCCAGCGUAGCACCAGCGGUCCCGACGACGGCAUGAUCAUCGAAGCCAUCCAGGGUGUCCUGCGCGAGGUCGACCUCGACACGGUCACCAAGAAGCAAGUGCGUGCUCUCGUCGAGCAGCGGCUGCAGACAGAGCUCUCCGGCGAACGGCGGACCUUUAUGGAUCGCCAGAUCGACAACGAGCUGGCAAACAUGUGA